GUAAACUUGCUAACUAGGGUAUUUAUCUAAUCUGAUAUUUGACAAUAAUAUUAAUAAAUAUCGAUAUUCUUCAAAUGUAAUUUUCAUAGGAACUACCACCCACCAAUGUCCGGGUAUAAACGAGUGAGUUUUUACGAACUCUGUAGAUUAUGCGCUUCUAAUACACAGAAAGAAAAGACUCAUAUAUUUCAAGAGGAAGGCAAGAAAAUACAAUUGCAGAACAAAAUACAAGUUUGCUUGGCCCUAACUGUAAAUGAAAAUGACUUCUUGCCAAAAGUGGUGUGUUCCAAGUGUCUCCGCAGUUUGGAAACCUGCUAUGGGUUUAGACAAGAGUGUGUUAGUUCUGAAACAAUGCUCUCCUCCUAUUUCAAGAACUUCAGGUAUACAGAUGACUUCAAAAAGUCAGGAAAGGUAUACAUCAAAGAUAUCAAACAGCCUAGUGCCCCAGUUAUACAACAAAACCCAGAAAUAUCAACUUCUAGCACACCCAAUGUGGGAACUCCCAUUUCUGUAGCUCAAACAAUGCCUCAAAAUAUCGUCAAUGUCAAUAAAAAUCCCCAAGCUGUGGAGCAAUUGCCAUUUUACACCUUGCAGCUUCCCACCAUAGUUUCUAACCCAAAUAUAAUCAGCAGGAGUCCCAAAGAUCUAGUCAACAAUAAAACUACUCAAAUAACACAGAGCCAGUUUGCUUACAAUCUCAACUUGAUAAACACUUCAAACAUAAAAUCUAGUCUACCAAAGAAUGAAAUUCUCAGCAAUGUAGUUGUCAACUCCAAUGGGGAAGUUAUAAACAUAGCCCACAUGGGUGACUUUGAAACAAUCCUGAACCAAGGAAGUGUAUUGAAACCCAAACACAAAGUAAAGCGCCACAAAGAAGUUCCCUCCCUUCCAGAUGAUGUGGUCCAAAUAGAUUUAACCAAUGAUCAUUCACCUGUGUAUGAGUUGGACCAAAACACCAUCAAAUAUGACAAACUUCCUCACAUAAAAAGUACACAAAACCAAAAUAAGUAUUCUUAUACAGUGAAGGUAGAUGACAAAAAUCAUAAUCAAACUGUUAUAUUUCCUUUAUCAGAGUAUAAUCAAAACUUCAACAACUUCAAUAACGGCAGUUCUAUUUAUACACAGCCCAAUUUGAAUAUCGUCAACACCACUAACACAAUAGGCAAUACAAAUGUUAUCUGUAAUACUGCCUCCACCUUGGACACCUCAAACCUAGGUGUCAAUUUACUGAAUCAAACAGUACAGGACUUCAACCAAACCGCGUACACCAACGUCAUUUCCAGCAUACAGCAACCGGAAAUGAGCAAAGUUGAAAGCCAAAGCCAAAUUCCAGAAGCGGACAUUAAGCCUACUAACGGCUCAAUGUCGCCACCGUCUAUCAGUUCAAAUAGCCCGCAAAAAAGCCACGUUUGUGAGGUCUGCUCGCGCGCCUUCAAAAGAAGAGAACAUCUCUACCAACAUGUCAAGCUGCACACGGGCUUCCGGCCGUACAUUUGCGAACAUUGCAACAAGGCGUUCAUGCGCAAAGAGCACCUGAUCAGGCACAGCACCUUGCACUCGGGCCAAAAGAACUACACCUGCAACAUCUGCGACAAGAGCUUCUCGAGGAACGAUAAUCUGCUGAAGCACAAGAAGACGCACGAGAAGCAGGCGAGUUAUACUUGUGAGAUUUGCCAGAAGCAGUUCGUGAUGAAGCAUUAUUAUAAUGCUCACAAGCUGACGCACGGGGAUAAGUGCUUCAUGGCACCAGAAUGGGAAAUGUUGAAAACAUAGUGAGAGUAAGGUUAUAGUCAGAUGGCUGCAGGAGCACCUCUCAAAAUCCAACCCCCCCCCCCACAACUCUUUUUUCUAGCUAUACACUCAAUGGGGAAGUUCCUUUCUCAUCUACAUCUAAUAAGUUAAACACUGAUUGUCUUCAUGAUUUUGCAAUCUAGGAUACCCAUUGAAUUGAUUUAAAUCCUUUCUAUUUUCAAAAUGGAGCAAUUACAAAGUUCGGGCGGUAAAUAAUAACAUAAUCUAUGAAUCCAGUAUGAAUAUAGGUAAGAUAAGUUUUGCUCUUCCUAAUUAAAGAUGACCAAGCCCGAACCGAGAACAAAAAGAAAAUCAGAAGAGGAAUGCAUAACCUUCUGAGUC